AUGUUCAUAAUGAGUGCAGCUUGGCAUCGAACUAAUAUUGAACAGAAUGUUCCAUAUCGUUUGUCCGAAUCACUCGCCGAAGCAGCAGUUGCAAUAUCAAUAACAACGAUCACUGAUAUGUUAACCUUUGGUAUUGGUUGCUUAACAACAUUACCGAGUGUACAAAUGUUUUGUUUCUACACAUUUAUGGGUAUAACAUUUACCUAUCUUUAUCAGUUGACUUUUUUUACCGCUGUUAUGGCAUAUAGCGGAAAACGAGAAGGUGAAGGAUUGCACGCGAUAACAUUAAAACCAAUAAUCAAUCAGCAAUUAGCCGAUACUUUAUUUAAAAAAAUAUUCCUAACGGGUAGUUUACCAACAAAAUCGACAAUUUCAACGAUACCAUUGGAAACUGUAAAAAAAAAUGAAAAGAUGGUGAAAUACGUAAAAAUAACGUUAAGUGAAAAAAUACUUGAGAAAUUCAUGAAUUUUAAACAAAAUCUUAAUAAGGAAUUACCCAAAUCGAAGCAUCGCGAAACAAUGAUUUCAAAAAUAUUUCGCGACUAUUAUGGUCCUUUCUUGCUUGAUCGCUUCACCAAAAAAGUUUUCAUUUUUAUUUACAUCAUUUACAUAUCGUUAGCAAUAUUGGGUUGCACGAUGUUGAAGGAAGGUUUGAAUCCGAAAUUUCUUGUUUUGGAUUCAUUUUAUCUCAGUAAAUUCUAUACAUUAAUGGAUGAAACGUUUUGGGAAGAAGGCCUGCAAAUGCAAGUUGUGGUAAAUUCACCACCUGAUCUGUUUGACCCUAUGGAAAGAAAGGAGUUCCAGAAUAUGCUCAGUGAUUUCGAAAAUACAGAAUAUACGAUGCGACAUAACGCAACAAUGUUAUGGCUCGAUGCUUACGAAAGAAAGCUUAAAGAGGACUACGAUUUCUCGAAGAUCCCAUUACCGAGAACCAGCGAAGAAUGGUACGAGCGAUGUCGAGAAUGGUUGAUAUCAGCUGGUGGACGACGUUUGUGGGAAAAGGAUAUGGUUUGGGGCAAAAAUGAAAGUGAUCUCAAAUCCUAUAAUCAUCUGUUUGCUUUUCGUUUCCAACUUGGACUACGAAAUUACAAAACACCAACCGAUCAUAUGCGAAGUGCAAUUUUAAUGCGGAAAAUUUCCGCCAAAUAUGCAAAAUUCAAUAUUACUACUUUUCAUGAAUACUAUCCAUUUGCAGAUCAGUACAUUGAACUGAAACCGGCAUUAAUCAGGAACUGUCUACUAGCAAUGGCGUCUAUGCUUAUCGUAUCAUUUGUUAUGAUACCAAGUUGGAUUGCUGCAUUUGUCAUUGCAUUUGCAAUCUUCAGUAUUGACAUUGGUGUAAUUGGCUUCAUGACAUUUUGGGGUGUACGUCUAGAAAGUGUUUCAAUAAUAACAGUUAUUAUGAGCAUCGGUUUUGCUGUCGAUUUAUCCGCACAUAUCGGUUAUGCAUACGUGAAAUCCGACGGAGAUCGACACACCAAAGCAAUUAGUGCAUUGGAAACAAUUGGAUGGCCUGUUUUCAUGGUGUGUGAUCUUUGA